AUGACAGCGAUUACAAACAAGAAAACCACCGGCGAGUGGCACUAUCUGGGUGACCUGACCACCCUGGACAAUCUCCAUGCCACAUUGUCAUUUCCCAUGAGCGCUUUCCAUAAACCCGAACUGAAGAAGGAAGAAGAAGAAAUCUUCCAGCACUAUGCCGACUGGAUGCUUUUCAACGACACCCGAUUUGCGGUGGCGCCCCAGGAAGGAACCAGAUUCUAUGACUGUGAUCAGGUGUUGUACUAUGAUAUGAUGGGUUUGAUUCCUCCGUAUUAUGCAAAAUCACAUAUCGGCUACAAGGACAUGGAAGUCAUCGCCGCAUCCCCAGAUAUGGGCUUUGUCAACAUGUUCCAGGCAGGUUCUCACUACUGGGGCACAACUACUGAUGGGCAUGAUUUCGACUUUAAAUUUCGGUAUACUGGGAUUCUGCGGAAGAAGGAUGGUAUCUGGAAAUGGAUCGAGGAGCACGUCUCGUUCCCGGUGAACGUCGCCACGCAGAAGGGUGAUCUCACUUGUAGUCUUGACGCUGGCGAGAAUCUGAGGAUGGAUGAUAAGGACAAUGAGAAACGAGGAGAGGAGAAUUUCAGAAAGGCAAAGGACUAUGUGAAAGUCUGA